ACAAUCAGGUAAAAGAGGUUUUUCAUUUUUCUUCAGAUUUCUGUUUGGAAAAGAAACCCUAAUUCAUCCUUUUAAUUCUUAACUGAUUAUCAAGCCAAAUGAUUUCGGAUUUGGAGUAUUAUGUUGCUAAUUGCUUUGUGAAGUCCUUUUAACGGAUAACAUCUGCUUGAAGUCUUGAUUUUGUAUUGUAUGGACAACCGACGGUACAAUGGCCGACAAGACAUACGUAGAAGGCAACAGAAAACAGCUGAGGAAGAUGAUGUUUCUGUUCUUGAGGAAUUUGCGGAGGAAUUUCGCCUACCAAUUCAUCACAGACCAACAGAAAACGUAGAUCUUGAUAAUGUCGAACAAGCAUCAUUGGACACACAAUUAACAUCGUCCAAUGUUGGUUUCCGGCUUCUUCAAAAGAUGGGGUGGAAAGGGAAAGGUCUUGGGAAGGAUGAGCAAGGAAUAACUGAGCCCAUCAAAUCUGGAAUACGAGAUUCAAAACUAGGGGUUGGAAAACAAGAGCAAGAUGAUUUCUUUACCGCAGAAGAAAAUAUCCAGCGGAAGAAACUCGACAUUGAACUUGAGGAAACCGAGGAAAUUGCCAAGAAGCGAGAGGUUAUGGCAGAUCGAGAGCAGAAAAUUCAAACUGAGGUCAAGGAAAUACGGAAAGUCUUCUAUUGUGAGCUUUGCAACAAGCAGUACAAGUUAGCGGUUGAGUUUGAAGGUCACCUUAGCUCCUAUGAUCACAAUCACAGAAAGCGCUUUAAAGAGAUGAGAGAAAUGCAUGGAACCAGCAGUCGUGAUGACAGGCAAAAACGUGAACAGUUACGUCAGGAGAGGGAGAUGGCCAAGUUUGCUCAAAUGGCCGAUGCCCAUAAACAGCAGCAGCAGCAACAACAAGAAGAUGAAUCUGGGAAAACCAAUCAUCCAGUGAAGAAUGCUACUGUUCUUGCUGAUCAGGAUCAGAGGAAGGCAUUGAAGUUUGGAUUUUCAUCUAAAGUUGGUGCAUCAAAGAGUUCAGGCAUGAGUGGUGCAAAGAAGCCGAAAGCACCAAUUGCAUCGGUUUUCGGCAACGAUAGCGAUGAAGAGUAGUCUUUGAUCUGAAAAGAAGUAUACAAGUCUGCAGUAAAAAAAGUUGUACCCUAACAAACCUCUUACUUGAUGUGCUUUUAAACUUGUUAUCUUGUGUGUUGCCAUAGAAUUCAUAUGUUCUAAUUUUUAAUAUAAUGAUAGACUAAGGUAAGGGGUGUGUGUUUAUGUGUAUAUUCUGAUGUCAAAUACUUGCUUAAUCAUAACCACAUGACACAUUCUC